AUGGCCGAGGCGGCGCCCGAGCGGGCGUCAGAGAGGGACAGACAAACAGGGGAUGAGAGACCUUCGACAACUUCUCCAUCAUCCCAGCAGGCUGCGGAGAAGAACUCCUACCUCUACUCCACGGAGAUCACCCUGUGGACAGUGGUGGCUGCUAUCCAGGCCUUGGAGAAGAAAGUGGACUCCUGCCUGGCCCGCUUGCUGACUCUGGAGGGACGGACGGGGACGGCCGAGAAGAAGCUGGCUGACUUCGAGAAGACGACCUUGGAGUUCGGGAACCAGCUGGAGGGCAAGUGGGCCGCGCUGGGGACCCUGCUGCAGGAGUACGGGCUGCUGCAGAAGCGGCAGGAGAACAUGGAGAACCUGCUGAGGAACAGGAACUUCUGGAUCCUGCGGCUGCCCCCGGGCAGCAAGGGGGAGGCCCCCCAGGUGCCCGUGACCUUUGACGAUGUGGCCGUGUAUUUUUCCGAGCUGGAGUGGGGCAAGCUGGAUCCUUGGCAGAAGAAUCUGUACAAGCACGUGAUGAGGGGCAACUAUGAGAUGCUGGUCUCCCUGGAUUACGCCAUCUCCAAACCAGACAUCCUCACUCGGAUAGAGAGGGGAGAGGAGCCUUGUCCUGAAGGCCUGUGGGGCCAGGAGGAGGGGGAAGAGAGAGAGGAAGCUUGCCCAGGCAGGCCGGACGCUGUUCCAGAGCACGUUCCCAGCCCAGUCAGGUCUGACCAGGAGGGUCCAAGUGAAAGGCAGAGCCCCGAGCACCAGAGAGACUCAGGAGCAAGAGUGACUCCACCGGGAGCAAGCACGGGGCCCCCAGCCAGAGCCAGCGUUUUGUCCACAAUUAAACAGGAGGAAGAUUCUUCAGAUGGGGAGCCCCCUAUCUCCCCUCCUAGGGGCAUCCUGCCCAGCGUGGGUCUAGGUGCUGCCGCCGGUCUGGUCAUCAAGACGGAAGCAGAGUCUGAGGACGAGAUGAUGCCGGAGCAGCUCUUCCUGGGGAAGCCCCCCUGCCAGGCCCAGAGCACAGGCCCCCAGGGGCCCAACAGCAGGAACGCGGGUCCCCGCCAGCUUCUUGCCCAGGGGGUGCCCAGGGUGCGGCCCGGAGACCCUCGGCCUCGGCCCGCAGGGGCAGCGGGCGAGGCGCCCCGCACCCUCCCGCGCCGGCGGGAGCGGACGUUCCCCUGCCCCGACUGCGGGCAGAGCUUCCGCCUGAAGAUCAACCUGACCAUCCACCAGCGCACCCACGUGGAGGAGCAGCAGCGCCAGGCGCGGGCCAGCUCGCCCAGCGGCUGGGGGGAGGCGCCCUCGGCGCUGGAGCCCGGGGAGGUGGUGGUGUCCGGGCCCGUCAUCCGCUGGCUCCCCGAGGAGCCCCCGGGCCGCCGCGCCCUGGCCGGCCGGGCCUUCGCGGGGCGGCGGCCGGCGGCCAAGCUGUACCACUGCAGCGAGUGCCUGUGCUUCUUCCAGCGCCGCAAGAACCUGCUGCUGCACCAGCGGCUGCACACGGGCAACGGCCAGGGCUGGCCGGCCUGCCCCUACUGCGGCAAGGCCUUCCGCCGGCCCUCCGACCUCUUCCGCCACCAGCGCAUCCACACCGGCGAGCGGCCCUACCAGUGCCCGCAGUGCGGCCGCGCCUUCAACCGCAACCACCACCUCACCAUCCACAUGCAGACCCACGCGCGCGGCCAGGCCUGCGCCUCGCCCCCCGCCUGCCCCGGGAGCCCGCCCCGGCCGCGGCCCGGCCACGCGGAGGAGGGCUGA